UAUCUUGAAUCCCCGGUUAGUGUCGGCUUUAGUUAUAAAGACGAUAAGAAGUAUCACAACACAGAUAAGUCUACCGCAGAGGACAACCAUUUAGCUCUCGAAGCGUUUUUUGAAAAGUUUCCAAAUCUGAAGAAAAACCCAUUUUAUAUAACGGGUGAAAGUUAUGCCGGAAUUUAUAUCCCAAUGUUAGCCCAUGAAAUAUUCAGCACUAAAUCUACAAUCAAUUUAAAAGGUGUUGCAAUUGGUAAUGGAGUUCUAGGGGAUGCCCCAUUAAUUCGUAUGUCUGGCUAUGACUUUAGUUUAGGCCAUGGAUUCAUUACAACUGGAUCCUAUGAGCAACUCAUUGAGAAUUGUUGUGAAUGUAAAUCAGGCGAAGUCCUACAUGAAUGCGAUUUCAAUAAACCAGCGAAUAGGACUAAAUGUGAGGCAACAGAAGUGGAAAUGUCAGGAACACCCAAUCCAUACAAUGUUUACGAUGAUUGUGGCGCUAAUUCCGCUUAUUUGCGACUUUUCAACAAAUAUUACGCAAAGGCUACCAACAGAUUGCCAGUCAAUGAAAGACCAAAUAUCAAUUGUCCGCACGAGGGUUAUGCGGAUUACCUAAACAUACCAGAAGUACGUAAAGCACUGCACGUACGCCCUGAAGACACCCAACACUGGUCUGAUUGCGGCGGAUCCUAUGCGGGCGUGUCUACAGACCAAAGACCUAUUAUUAUGGAUUUGAUUAAUAAGUAUAAUAUCGGAAAACUUGUCAUAUUUAAUGGAAACUUCGACACAAUGUGUGAUCAUAUUGAUAAUAAUAGAUUUGUUGAUAGUCUCGCAUUUAAAAAAGAUGGUCACUAUAGUGAAUGGAAAACACCUGAUGGGUUUAUUGGUGGGUUUGUCCAGCACUACGAGAAAAACCUGAGUUUCGUGUUAGUCCGCGGGGCCGGACAUAUGGUCCCUCACGACAAACCAGAGGCUGCCCUACAGUUACUCAAGAAUGUGGUCGGAAUCACACAAAAAGGGUACGCAAAUGAUGAUGAAAUCAAAGACUUACCCGGACUCCCACAAGCUAUUAAUUUUAAGCAAUAUUCCGGUUAUUUGAAUAUAACUGAAGGCAAACAUUACUUCUAUUGGUUCGUUGAGAGUCAAAAGGAUCCCGAGAACGCACCGGUAGUCCUAUGGCUGAAUGGAGGGCCCGGUUGUAGUUCA